CAUUCCAGUACUGCUGUCUUGGGAGCAGGACAAGGAGCUGGCUGAAGCAGCUACACAAGUGCUUGAGCUUCACCAUGUUUGGUUGGUGUUUUGGGCAGACACAAAUAUCAAAUGCCUUGGCUAUUGUGGAGCUUUUGGUUCAUAUGGAUUGCGAAGGAUGUGAAAAAAGAGUACGAAGGGCAAUCUCUAAAUUAGAUGGUGUUGAUAGCUUGGAAAUAGACAUGGACAAGCAAAAGGUGACAGUGAGUGGAUAUGUGGACCAGAGGAAGGUUCUCAAGGUGGUUAGAAGAACAGGAAGGAAAGCAGAGUUCUGGCCUUACCCUUACGACAGUGAAUACUACCCUUACGCAUCUCAGUACCUGGACGAGUCCACCUUCUCGGCUACUUACAACUACUACACCCAUGGGUACAACGAGAGCAUGCAUGGUUACCUGCCCGACCCGGUUUACUCGAAAAUCGUAGACGAUGAGAUGGCCGAGGUUUUUAGUCCCGAAAACGUUCAUCACGCGUGCAGCAUCAUGUGACCACCGGGACGCGUAUGGGGUUUUUCAUCUUCAAAAGUUAUAUGAUAUGAACGUAAGUGUCAAUCGAGAUUUGUAUGCUUUUGAAGUCUCGUCAUGGGCAAAAAUUUCGAAACCUAAGAUUGUUGUUAUUCUAAGCUAAAAUUGUCUUCGAUAUUGAUGAAAGAAAAGUUUUUAAGUUGUGGGGAGCAAAAUCGUGCUAA